UUCGUAUCCAUAGUCGUAUCGUUACAUCGCUAGUGUUAAGUUAUUAAUAUUAACCUUAUUCAGUAUCAUAGGAUUCAUAGGUAUUAUCUUUGAAACAUCUGGCAAAAUUAGAAAUAUAAAAUACUUUUCUUAGAAGUAAAUAAAUUCUAGCACAUGUUCCUGUAGAUAAAGUUAAAAAGAAAAUCAACGUGCGGUCUGUCAAAUUAAUAUAUUACUUAUUUCUUGCUACUUUUUGUUAUUCCCAUCGACCAUCACUCUUCCUUUAUACUUAAGAAGAUCAAUUGUACGUGAACGGCGUGAAGGAUGGCUCGCGGUCAGCAAAAAAUACAGUCACAAGCGAAGGCUGCUGAGAAACAGUCCAAACUAAAGAAGCAGCAGGGCCACAGUGCUACGGAUCAGAAGAAGGCGGCUCAAAAAGCUCUCGUCCAUGUCUGUGCCGUUUGUAAGGCGCAGAUGCCGGACCCCAAGACUUAUAAGCAGCAUUUUGAAAACAAACAUCCCAAGAAUGAGCUACCAGAAGAUUUGAAGUCAAUUUAAAUAUGAACUUUUUAUUUUCUGUCAUGUCACCGACAAUGUUACAUGUUAGAGUAAUGAGAAUGUGUUAACAGGGGAAACGUUUCGACCUUACCAUUCGUGUUAAGUAAGUUUAUGAUAUUGAAAGAACACCAAUUGAUGAAAUUUAUUGUGUCAUUAAAUCAUUCCAUACACAGUAUACGUUUACUUCGCAUAGCAUUUGUCGGUGUCAUGGUGGUAUUUGAGAAAACAUUUUCUAUUUAGACUUAAUAUCACAUUUUUAUUUAUAAGAAUAGUAAAAGUGUUGUAUUAUCUCA